UAAAGCACUACCUCUUUUCUAGACACAAAGACACACACACACACACACACACACACACACACACCCUAAUGCACCUGUUGAGUGUAAAUCAUUUGCAGUCUCUACCUGAAACUUGGAAUAGAAGCAGUGUGGUGUGGCCGCUGUGUUACCUGGACAAGAUCGACUUUGAAAGGGUAUGGCCUCUACAAUUAGCCUCCUGCCCGAAAAGCACUUCUUGUGCUCUCUGUGUAGAGACAUCUUCACCAGUCCAGUGACCAUACCAUGUGGACACAGCUUUUGCUUGUCCUGUCUCUGCCAAUACUGGACACGACACCAGUCCAAAUACUGCCCGCACUGUAGGAGGCUGUUCUCCGACAGGCCCGACCUCAGUGUCAACCACAUUCUGGCUGAGGUCUCGGACAACUACAGGAAGACUCGGCCAGAGAAACCACCUGAUGAGGAAUUGGCUUUAAAUGUUGAGCUAAUGAUUCAGGAAAGGCUGCAGAAAAUAGAAAGGUUAAAAUUUGCUCUUGAGCUUCAAAAGAACUCUUACCUUAGAGAGGUGCGAGAGAGCCAGAAAGUCUUCUCUGCCCUCGUACAUGCUAUGGAAAAGAAUCACAAAGCAGUUGUUGACGCAAUCGAGGGAAGGCAGAGGGAGGAGGAGAAGAAAGUAGAAACACUGGUGAAAGAGAUCGAACAGGAGAUUCAGACGCUAAAGAAGGAGACCCCUGAACCUGAUCCCCAGGUUCCUGGAAACAGUGAGCAGGGUGAUGAUACAGAACAAGUUACAGUGACCAUUGUUCCCACAAUGAGCCCAUCUGAGAUGAAGGACUGGUCCAGGGUUACCAUAGAAACUGACCCUUGUGUUGGGGUCACCAGACGAGCACUGGCAGACGUAAUGGAAAAGAUAAAGGUGGACGUCAAUAGGCUCUCAAAAUCUGAACUUAAGAGAAUAGAGAAAUACGCAGUGGAUGUCAAUCUGAGCGCUAAGACAGCCCACCCCUUCCUCUCUGUCUCAGAGGACAGAAAACAGGUGAGACACACGGACAAGCUUCGGGAGCUUCCAGAUAACCCCAAACGGUUCGACCGUGUGGCGAACGUGCUGGCCAAAGAGAGUCUCAGCGGCGGGAGAUGCUACUGGGAGGUGGAGGUUGGGGAGAAGAUCGAGUGGAGCCUGGGUGUUGUCAGACAAUCGAUAAACAGGAAGGGCAAGUUCACCGUGUGCCCUGCAAAUGGUUUCUGGACUUUAAGCCUGAAGGCUGGCGGCCAGUUUAUAGCCAACACCUCUCCUGUCACGCCGUUGGCUCUAGAGCAGAGACCCAGAAAGGUGGGCGUGUUUCUGGACUACACAGAAGGCCGUGUAUCCUUCUACUGCGCAGAAUCAGGAGUCCACAUUUACACCUUCACAGAUACAUUUACCGACAGGCUUCACCCAUUCUUCAGUCCUGGUCGCCUGCAUGGUGGAAAAAACGAUGCUCCCUUAAUCAUCUCUUCUAGUUUCUGCAGCAUCUAAACUUCACACUUCUUAUUUUAUAUUUAUAAAUCUCCAGUAUAAUUAUUAUAAUGUGUUGUGAUUAUCUUUUCAGUUUCAAUGAAUGUGUCAAAUAUAUUAAUUUAAUAACAGAUCCAUAUGAACAAUGAAAUACAUUUCCCUUGUCAGAACAGUGAACAAGAGGUUGCCUAAGGACUGACACCCUACACUCGAAAACUUCAAUGAAACCCAUGAACAGAUUGAAAGGGAAAGAGGAGGGUAGAAGAAACAAAAAAUCUUAUAAAUGAACAAGUGAGUCAAAGUCGCAAAAAGAGGAGAAACUGGGUGGCAGAGUUGGAUGGAUGCAGGGUUGGGACAGAGGUUGACGAAGAGCAGGGAAGGGAGGGCCGAGCCAAACAGCAGGGCAUUGUGCUUGUACACCAGGCACUGGGAGACACACUCAAACACAUUCACUCAUUCACACACUUACAUGGUCGUGCACACAAGCGCAUGCUUCUGCCCACUGCCGCACAGACUUGCGCUGGCAUCUCCGAGGGCAGCCCCAUCUCCAGUCCAGUGCUGGGUGUCGAAGCUGAUCGACCCUCUUCAGUUAAGCUGACCUCUGAGAUAGAGCCUCCCCUGCUCUGCAGCCUUCCUGUGGACCCAACUGAAUAUCUCAGGGCCGUCAUUCACAACUUUUGGCAUCCAAACCCUCCACACAAGCAAAGGA